AUGUCCAAUACAACAACACCAACACUGGGAUACUAUCGACUCCAGGGUAUCGCUCAACCCAUACGACUACUGUUGGCCUAUACGGGCACCGCAUAUACGGACAAACAGUACGACUACGGACUGACCGCUGAUACAUAUCGCGUUCAUUGGCUCAAAGACAAAUUUACCCUGGGCCUUGAGUUUCCUAACUUACCAUACUACCUCGAUGGCGAUGUAAGACUGACCCAAAGUCACGCCAUUAUGCGAUACGUGGGCCGUCGGCACGGGUUGGUGGCCACCGAUGAGACGGGACUCGUGCGCCAGGAUAUGCUGGAGCAACAGUUGGUGGACAUUAGGGUUGCCUUCGCAAUGGGAGUGCCAUUUAGUUGGGGCAACAAUUUUACCGCUGAUAAAGCCAAGUAUAUUAACGACACAUUACCGCCACAGUUGGCCCAAUUGUCCCGGUUUUUGGGGGAUAACCAGUGGUUUACCGGACGUAACAUUAAUUAUGUAGACUUCUUGGCGUAUCAACAGCUCGAUUGGUUGCGACAGUUGAGCCCCGAGACGUUGGCCACUGUAUGGACCGAGAGCGAUAUGGGGGCACAAUAA